AUGGCUUCUGAAGAAACUUCGUGGGGCAAUGAAGGAUUUGCGGCCGCGGAAGGCGAUCAUACUCAGCAUAGCGACGAACAAGUUGAUAACUUUGCUCAAGACUCCCAUGUGUCAGGUGAAUCAGCGGAUAAUGGAACCGAGGAUGGAGGGGAUUAUGAUCCCGAAUAUGUCCCCGAUGAAUCAGUUGUCCCAGACCCUCCAGUCCCUGAAAAAGCCGCCCCCGCUGUCCCUUCGCAACGUCCUGCAUCAUCCAAGCCAAAAAUGUCGGGCGGCUUCUUAGUGGAAGCCUCCGACGACGAAGACGAAGACGACGACGAAGGAGGCAAUGCAGCAGGCCCUGGCCAGCGCGAGCCCUCGGCAUCGCAGAGCCAAGCCGGUCAGCCCACCGAGGCCAAGGCCUCAAGUGCCUCAGUCCCUCCUGUUCCCACCAAUGUCCCUUCCAAUGUGACUGCAACACCAGUGGCUAGCCUGAAUCCGGUAACGUUGCUCGAGGCUCGCAUUAAGGAGGAUCCUCGAGGGGACAUGGAUGCGUGGCUCAAUCUCAUUGCCGACCAUAAGCGCAACAGCAGGCUGGACGACCUUCGCAAGGUUUACAACCGGUUCCUGGAGGUCUUUCCCCAAUCGGCUGACGUGUGGGUCGAAUGGAUCGAAAUGGAACUCGGCAUGGACAAUUUCGUCGAUGCUGAACAGCUCUUUGGGCGAUGCUUGAUGUCGGUCCCCAACGUCAAACUGUGGACUGUCUACCUCAACUACAUCCGCCGACGGAACGAUCUCAACAACGAUCCUACCGGCCAAGCCAGGAGGACCAUCACGCAAUCAUACGAGUUCGUGAUUGAUAACAUUGGCGUGGAUCGGGACUCGGGCAACAUCUGGCAGGACUACAUCCAGUUCAUCAAGAGCGGCCCUGGCCAGAUUGGGGGCACCGGUUGGCAAGACCAGCAAAAGAUGGACCAGCUGCGCAAAGCCUACCACCGCGCGAUAACCGUUCCCAUGUCCACAGUGAACAAUCUGUGGAAGGAGUACGACCAAUUUGAGAUGGGGCUCAACAAGGUGACGGGACGCAAAUUUAUCCAGGAGCGAUCUCCUGGAUACAUGUCUGCCAAGAGCGGUAACAUCGCCUUGGAUAACAUUACCCGAGACUUGAAGCGCACGAAUCUUCCCCGGCUGCCGCCGGCUCCAGGAUUCGAAGGCGACCAGGAGUUUCGGCACCAGGUGGCCCUGUGGAAGAAAUGGAUCGAGUGGGAGAAGGAAGAUCCGCUGGUGCUCAAGGCGGACGAGCCAAAAGUAUUCGCACAGCGGGUCCUGUACUGCUACAAGCAGGCCCUCAUGGCCCUGCGCUUCUGGCCAGAACUAUGGGUUGAUGCAGCCGAAUGGUGCCUUCAAAGCGACAUUGCCGAGGUCGACAAGGAGAUGGGCGUCGAGUUCCUAAUUCAAGGAAUCGCCGCCAACCCAGAGAGCGUCCUGCUUGCUUUGAAGCACGCAGACCACAUCGAAGCCACUUCGCCGCUCAGGGAGGGAGACAAGGCUGAAUACGCCAAGGCCGUGAGGAAACCUUUCGACGAUGUUUUGAACAGGCUGUAUGCACUGGGAGACAAGGCGAAGGAGCGGGAGAAGCUGGAGAUAUCCACUCUAAAGCAGGCGGCGGCACAGGAGGCUCCCCUGCAGCAGUCCAUCGAGCAAAACUACGACGACGACUACGAAGAUGGAGCUUCGAAGAAGACUUCUGUCGAGGAACGUAUUGCUGCUAUUCAAAAGGGCUACGCUGCCGAGACCAACAUCCUUUCUCGCACAAUUUCGUACGUGUGGAUUGCCAUGGCCAGGGCGAUCCGUCGUAUCCAGGGAAAAGGCAACCAGACAGAUGGUGGACUGCGCAAAGUCUUCACCGAUGCUCGGCAAAAGGGACGCCUCACCAGCGACGUGUAUGUUGCCGUUGCCUUACUGGAGUCUGUUGUGUACAAGGACCCAGUCGGUGCCAAGAUUUUUGAGCGUGGAGCCCGCCUGUUUCCCAAUGACGAAGGCUUUAUCGUCGAGUAUCUGAAGUUUUUGCAUUCCAAGGACGAUACAACGAAUGCUCGGGUGGUUUUCGAGACUUGUGUUAACCGCCUUAUCGCCAAUCCAGAGACACUUCACAAAGCCAAACCUCUAUACGCGUACUUCCACAAGUACGAGUCCCAAUACGGCGAACUAUCCCAGAUCCACAAACUCGAGGCGAGGAUGGCAGAGCUGUUCCCUGAAGACCCGAAGCUCAAGAACUUUGCGGCUCGCUACUCGUCUGACAAAUUCGAUCCGAUUGCCGCCCCCGUGAUCAUUUCGAAAGCUGCCCAAAUGCGACCCAAGCUUGCUGCCCCCCUCAUUGAACAGCCUGCAUCAUCCCGCAACAGCUUCCCCCCACAGAGAGAGCAGAGCCCCCGACCACAGUACGUCAGAGCCACUGCGUCUCCGAAACGGCCCCUUGGCCCAGAUGACGAGGAGCUCAACCCCCCAAAGAGGCUCGCUAGAGGCGCCUCUCCUCUCAAGGGGGCAGCUGGCCGACGACUUGACCAGCAGCGCCGCAAUCAAUCAUCAGCCCUCCAUCGGGACAUUACGUUCCUCCUGGGCAUCUUGCCUCCCGCCCACACAUAUGACUCGCAGCGACUGAACGCAGCUGCCAUGGUCUCACUCCUCCGGGACACGCCACUUCCCGAUUACGCUACCUGGAAAGCACAGACCGGAGGGCAAUAUCGGUUUACCGCCCCCGUCCAUGGUCGACAAGCUUCGGGGGACUUUUCCCGGCCAAUCAGUCCAUAUGGACGAAUCGCCCCUGCUUCUAACGUCUAUAGACAAUCGCCUCUUCGAACAGAAGCUGGAAGUGCGUUUCCCACGGCCCCAUACGGGGGGACUGAUGCGAAUGCGGCUCCGAGUCAAUGGCCGCCAGCGCCGACGGGAGGAUACAACGCGCCGGCGCCUGGUCAGUAUGGAGGAUAUCGCUUUCAGUAG